AUGGCUGAUCACGACGAGAACGAGGAUUCGUCGGUGCCUUCCCCAAGCGUGCCUCGUCAGACCGCGCAGCGUCCAACAGCGUCGCAUCCAGCCGUCAGGAACCGCACCGUCGAUCUGACCACUCCACGUGACUCAGGAACCUUUUCCGGCAACGACGACAAGGAUGUAGAAAAAAUGGCUUCAGCUAUACGAACGGGACGUCUACAGUUCGUGGGAGGCGGCUGGACACAAAAUGACGAGGCGGUGACCCACUACACCGCCACGAUCGACCAGAUGACGCUGGGUCUCCGGUUCCUCAACUCGACGUUCGGACCCCAGUGCGGCGCGCCCAGCGUCGCCUGGCAGGCUGACCCGUUCGGACACACAGUCACCCAAGCUGCGCUGUUUGCCAGGAUGGGCUUCAGCAGUGUCAUGCUGGGUAGAAUAUCAUUCGACACCAAAAGCAACUGGCAACAGAACAGAAGUAUGGAGUUUGUCUGGGAAACCGACAGCCGUGAACAGGGUGGUGACGGCGUGCAUAUCUUGGUCUGGGUGCCCGAGAACACGUACACGACGCCACAAGGGAUAUGCUUUGGCUGGAGUGACUGCCUGCAUCCCAGAGCGGACGUCUACACGAACGACACGGUGGCGGUGAUGUCGGGCUGCGACCUGUGCUUCGCUGACGGCGACGAGAGGUUUCCGAGGCAGGACGCCAUCUUGGCAAAGGCCAACCGGUUGUCCGCCACCCAGCGGACGCGGCCACGAGUGCACGUGGUGCACUCGACCCCCGCCUGCUACGUGGAGGCGAGCAAGCAGUUGUCACUUCACGGCGCAGAAGGUACCACAGCUCGAGUCACUCAACUGGGUGAGGCGGUGGCCACACUACAGCACCACGAUGGCAUCACGGGCACUAGCACGGACGAUGUGGCCCACGACUACGCCCUCAUGCUCUACAAGGGCAUCAAGGAGUGUGAGUUUUCAGUGCUGGUGUACAACCCAGCGAGCGUUCCGGUCUCGUACCACGUACGGCUUCCGAUUAACGGCAGCGACGACCGGACCAUCAGCGUCGUGGGACCUGAGGGAGCCAAGGUCGAGUCGCAGAUAGUUCCAUCGGCUCCACACCGCUUUGAAGCACCGGAAGCCCUAGGCAACAAUACAUCAUCACUGGUGUUUCAAGUGACGGUGGAGCCACUGGGCGCCAGCCUGUACCACGUUAAACGCGAACCACCCGCUUACCAAGUGGUCCCAGGCUUCCUUGAACUCGACGAGCCAGCCAGCUUCAUUGAGAACGAGUCCUGCCAAUGUCUGAAGGCUUCCCUGCUCAUGGCACAGCGAUUCCGCGUCGUUGUGGACCCGGAGACUGGCCUGGUGUCCAGCAUCGUGCUCUUGAGGCGUGAGACGACAGUCCAUCUUCGGCAGACGUUCGGUGCCUACAUGUUCGAGGUCAAGGCACCGGGAAACAUGAGCCCGCCGGGCCACUACACGUUCAGCGCCUACCGCGAGGCGGAGGACUUGGGGGACCACGUCACCUACCGGAUCGUUAAGGGUCCCGUGGUGCAGGAGAUCCACCAAAUCUUCAACGGCUUCAUAUCGCAAGUCAUUGCUCUUCACAAGGACAGCCCGUACAUCGAGUUCACCUGGACUGUGGGGCCGCUUACGAAUCUAUUGAAGCCUUCCGUUGUACAAAGCAGUACGGGCUGUGACGUGGUCAGUCGCUUCGACGCCGACCUCAACAGCGAAGGAUUUCACACUGACGGCAACGGUUGGCGGGACAUGCGCAGAACAGUAACAUUUCACAAGGACAAGCUUCCGAUUCCUGCUAACUACUAUCCGGUCACUUCCUGGAUCUACAUCGAGGACGAAGCCAAGGACCUGCAGAUGCUUCUCAUCCCCGAUCGGUCACAAGGCGGAACCAGUCUUCGGAAGGGACAUCUGGAGCUCAUGGUACAUCGGCGACACGCGACCACCGACGAGCUUGGGAAUCCCGAGUUCCUCCUCGAAAGCGGAGGCGACAACCAGGCCUUGGUGGCGAGAGGAACUCACCGGCUUUUCGUUGGUCCACGUGCCGAGGUCGCCAGCAUUAUGCGACUGCAAGCACUUCAACUCGUCUAUCGACCCCUGCUGGUCUUCGCUCCGGCCGGAUGGAGACCGCGCCAGGAAAAGUUUUCGGCGUUGCGACAGCCACUGCCAAGCACAGCACACGUACUAAAUCUGGAAAUGCUCCCUACACACGAAAUACUUCUCCGCCUCGAGCACCUGGCUACCAACGACACUACUGCCAAGAUCAGCAUCACGGUGAGGGGAACAUCAUGCUUAAACAGUGUCAGCCGUGUGUACAUCGGUUACGAUGCAGAAAUGUAG